AACUCUCCUCUUAGUGAGCUCGACUGCUCCGCCUCUCUCUGUCCGUCUCUCAACUCUCCUUUUUUUUUUCUUCAACUUCCCCUCCUUACCUCUCUAAGAGAAAAACAGCCAGCCAUGAAGACAAGCUACAUGUCCUACAGCAGCAGCAGCAGCGGCGGCGGCGGUGGCGGCGGCGGAGGGGCUUUGAGCGGCAGAGUCGGGGGCGGGUUCUCCAGCUUCAGCACCGGAGGUAGCGGUGGCAACUACACAAGGCGCUCCAUCGCUAGCAGCGGCCUUGGUGCAAGCAGGGCAGUCGGAGGCGGUGGAGGCUACUCCUCUUUCAGUGUCAGCGGAGGUGGAAUGGGCGGAGGGAGAAGUAGCUACGCCCUUGGAGGUGGAAGUGGAGGUGCAGGCCUAGGAUUUAUUUCUGGCGGGGGUUACAGUAGUGUAGGCUUUGGGAUGGGUGGUGGAGGCUUUGGGAUGGGUGGCGGAGGCUUUGGGAUGGGAGGUGGGCACGCGAUUGCCCCCAUCACAGCUGUCACAGUAAACUCGAGCCUGCUGGCCCCCUUGAAUCUGGAGAUCGAUCCCAACAUCCAGACUGUCCGCACCCAGGAGAAGGACCAGAUCAAGACCCUGAACAACCGCUUCGCCUCCUUCAUUGACAAGGUACGCUUCCUGGAGCAGCAGAACAAGAUGCUGGAGACCAAGUGGACACUACUGCAGGACCAGACCGUCACCCGCUCCAACAUCGACGGCAUGUUCGAGGCCUACAUCGCCAACCUGCGUCGGCAGCUGGAUGGGCUGGGCAACGAGAAGCUGAAGCUGGAGGGAGAGCUGAGGAACAUGCAGGGCCUGGUAGAGGACUUCAAGAACAAGUAUGAAGAUGAAAUCAACAAGCGUGCUGCUGUAGAGAACGAGUUUGUCCUCCUCAAGAAGGAUGUGGAUGGUGCCUACAUGAACAAGAUUGAGCUGGAGGCCAAGGUCGACUCCAUUCAAGACGAGAUUAACUUCCUCAGGGCCGUCUAUGAGGCGGAACUGCGGGAGCUUCAGAGCCAGAUCAAGGAUACCUCUGUCAUUGUGGAGAUGGACAACAGCCGCAACCUGGACAUGGACUCCAUCGUGGCUGAGGUGCGCGCUCAGUAUGAGGACAUCGCCAACCGCAGCCGUGCUGAGGCCGAGACGUGGUACAAGCAGAAGUAUGAGGAGAUGCAGACCACUGCCGGCCAGUACGGAGAUGACCUUCGCAACACAAAGUCUGAGAUGGCUGAUCUCACUCGCAUGAUCAGCCGCAUGCAGAAUGAGAUUGAAGCAGUCAAGGGACAGCGUGCUGCCCUGGAGGCCCAGAUCGCCGAGGCCGAGGAGCGCGGUGAGCUGGCUGUGAGGGACGCCAAGUCUCGCAUCAAGGACCUGGAGGACGCCCUCCAGAGAGCCAAGCAGGACAUGGCCCGUCAGGUGCGCGAGUACCAGGAGCUCAUGAACGUCAAAUUGGCCCUGGACAUUGAGAUCGCCACCUACAGGAAACUGCUGGAAGGAGAGGAGUCCAGAAUUUCCUCUGGCGGUGGAAGUGCGACCAUCCAUGUUCAGACCACCAGCGGCAGUAUGGGUGGUGGUGUCGGUUUUGGAAUGGGCGGCGGAAUGGGCGGCGGAAUGAGCGGCGGAAUGGGCAGCGGAAUGGGUUAUGGCAGUGGAGCUGGACUGGGCGGCGGAAUGAGCAGCGGCGGUGGAUAUGGCUUUUCCAGUUCCUCAAAGUCUUUGGUCAGCGGUGGCGGCAGCGGCUACAGCUCAGGCGGCGGAAUGACCAUGUCCCGCACCUCCAGUGUGUCAAGCAAACGCGUCUUCUAAAUACAGCUUCAUCUGUCUUCCCCUCCCCCUCCUCCUGCCUUGUUUUUUUCCUCCUCUCUCUCUCUCUCUCUCACACCUGCCCUCCCUACACAACCACCCAAGAAAGCUUCCAUACACCAUGCCACCCUGUCCCCUGCAGAUUAAGAGCUCCUCCUGACUUACAACAGUCCAAGAGAGACUCUUGUGUUUCUUUAAUUUAAACACGCUCGGUAUGUUUCAUAACACGGGCUUGUCAGAAAAUGCAGUGAUGGAUAUCAGAGGUCGCAUGAUGACUGCAGUGGACUGAUCCCAUGCAACGGUGCAGUUCUCCAGUAUUUCUGCCCCCUUUUUGGGCACCACAUUCCCCAGAGUCAGAGAGUACACCUAAAUAUACAAAGAGGCAGAGCGUAAAUGUUCGCUAAAAAAACAACCAGUAGCAGAUGUGAGUGUGUCCACUCUUUCUUUGAUCAGUCAGCCUGGCUGCCUUAGUUACCAGAUCUCAUGUCACUAAGACAACAGAGGCCUUGUUAUAAAACGACAGCAUGUUUGUUCAAGGCAACCAUCACUGGAUGCAAAAUGGCAGCAGCAGUCUAUAGAUUUGCAUGGAGGGAGGUAAAAGCACUGGUUUGUUAUAAGCUGAUAGAGCAGAAAUGGCGACAACAUCAAACAAUAGGUUCCUCUCCCACACCCUACACCCAUCCUCUCUGUUGUCUUAUACCUGCCAUCUUGUGACGUCAUCAAAAGCAGCCAUACAUAACACUCCUACAGUGGAGACCCUAUUUUCUGGGAUUUGACUUUAAGGGUUGCUCUUAUUUUUCUCUCUUUCCUAUAGAAGAUGGGUUCCCCAUUAAGGUCUGCAAACACUGUUUUAAUUUUGCUCUUCUUAUCUUUUAAUUCUGAAAAAUAAAAAAAGCAUACAAAGGGCUGACUGGUACGUAAGACCAGAUUUAUCAAAGAUGAUUGAAACUGUAUCCCCCUAAACAUCCUGAAUAAAUCUGAGUUAAAUUGUAA